AUGCACACCUACAUCCCCUACCUCCUCCUCCCCCUAACAGCCCUCGCGGCGCCAACCAUCAACCCGAUCCCCGUAACCCCCCUCAUAACCACCCGCCAACUCAGCCAGUCCUCCACAGCAGCAACCUUCACCGGCACGGGCCAACUGCGCGCCCUCUACAUCAGCGGCGACCACACUGAUCUGGGAUGUCUGACAGCCACCGGGGAAUGGACGGUGGAUGAGGCACGGUGUGGGGUAUUUGUUGCGCAGGAUGGGGGGUUUGGACAGUUUACGCUGAGGUCUUUUGGAUCUACCGAUCGUGGCCAGGAUGCGCUGGGGGCGUGUGGGAUUGAGGUUGCUACGUUAAGGUGUGGGGAGGGGGUUAAGGGGGGCCUGUUUGGGACAUUCGGCACCCAAGGCCCGAUCCCCGGCAGGCCGGUGCUGCGUUACUCGCAGUACGGCGUGUUCGCGACCAACGCGGCUGACAGCCCGCCAACGGUGGACGAAGAGCCGCUGCCGAUCCAUUUCUACAGUGGCAGUGAGAAGGGCAAGUGGGUGUGGCUGGGGUGGAAACAGGUUUAA